GGGUAUGGCUUCCUUCCCAGUCUCCGGCGCCCUCCUGCACUUUACCUUGAUCUGCCUGAGCAUACAAUUAGCUGCCCCAUAUGAAUAUUUGUUCACUUUCUGUUCCAAUACAAACACUUUCACUCCCAACAGCACCUUCCAGUCCAAUCUCGCUCAACUCCUCUCUUCCCUUUCAUCCAACGCCAGACUUGAAGGUGGUUUCUACAACAACACUGUCGGCCAAAACACCGCCGACGCUGUCUACGGCCUCUUCCUCUGCCGUGGUGACCUCGACGUCCAAGACUGCCUAGAUUGCGUGGCAGGUGAAAUCCAAGAUCUGAGUCUGCAGUACUGCGUUAAAGGAAAACAGGCCGUGAUCUGGUACGAGGAGUGCAUGGUACGCUACUCAGACCAAUAUUUCUUCUCCACCAUGAACACGCAGCCUAGCCGUGUCCAAUCGAGUAUAGACAAUAUUUCUGAUCCAGAUCGCUUUAUCCAGUUACUGAUGGCAAUGAUGAAUGGCUUGGUAAGCCGGGUUACAAAUGUUGGAAUCGGUGCCAAAAAGUUUGCAACAAAAGAAGCAAAUUUUAGUGGGUCUCAAAUACUCUACACCCUUGAGCAGUGCACGCCUGACUUAUCCAGCUCUGAUUGCAGUAAGUGUAUACAGGAAGGGAUAACGUUAAUGCAGAAAUGUUGUAGUGGAUACCAAGGGGUGAGAGUUAUGUUUCCUAGCUGUAGAAUCAGGUAUGAAAUGUACCAGUUUUACACAAUGACUAAUGCAUCGACGUCACCAGCGCCUAUGCCAGCAAUUCUUCGUCCGCCUUCGCGUUCGUCGCAGAGUUCGGGGAAAAGAUCAAUCUUAUUGCUCGCAAUUAUUCCUAUUGUUGCUCUGAUUUCUGCCUCUGCGGUUCUCUUCAUUAUGAUCUACUACUUCCUUUGUAGGAGAGCCAAAAAAGAGUACAAUGCUAUGCAUAAAGAAAAUGGGUCCUUGAAAUUUGAUUUUGCUACAAUUGAAGCUGCCACCGCCAAGUUCUCAGAUGACAACAAGCUAGGUGCAGGUGGAUUUGGUGAGGUUUACAAGGGUACACUCCCUAAUGAACAAGAAGUAGCUGUGAAAAGGCUAUCAAAAAGGUCCAGACAAGGUGAAGGAGAAUUUAAAAACGAGAUUGAAUUGGUUGCCAAGCUUCAACAUAAAAAUCUUGUAAGGUUAUUGGGAUAUUGCAUAGAAGGAGAAGAAAAGAUACUUGUUUAUGAAUUUGUGCCCAACAAAAGCCUUGACUACUUUCUAUAUGACCCUCAAAGACAAGGACAACUAGAUUGGUCAAAACGUUACAAAAUUAUUAAAGGGAUUGCUCGAGGAAUUCUUUAUCUUCAUGAGGAUUCUCGACUAAGAAUUAUACAUCGUGAUCUUAAAUGCAGCAAUGUUUUGUUAGAUGGGGAUAUGAAUCCAAAAAUCUCAGAUUUUGGCUUGGCGAAGCUUUUUGAAAUUGAUCAAACUCAAGGACAUACUCGUAGGAUUGCCGGAACACGUGGUUAUAUGCCUCCAGAAUAUGCAAUACGCGGACAAUUCUCUAUAAAGUCCGAUGUGUAUAGUUUUGGUGUCCUAAUUCUAGAGAUUUUAAGUGGCAACAAGAUUAAUUUUUUCUAUCAAUCAGAUGGUGGUGGACACCUUUUAAGCUAUGCUUGGAAGCAGUGGAGGGAUGGAACGCCCUUAGAAUUGUUGGAUCCAAAUUUGAGAGAUUCUUACUCGACAAAAGAAUUCAUCAAAUGCCUCCAAAUUGGCUUACUAUGUGUUCAGGAGGAUCCAGCUAGGAGGCCAACAAUAGCAUCCAUAUUUCUUAUGCUAAACAUGUCACGAUCGGUUACUUGUCCAUUACCUCAACAACCAGCAUAUUGUAGUGGAACACAUCAAAACAUGCCUUUAGAGUCUGUUAAUGAAACGCCAAUGACUGAUGUAUCCCCUCGAUAGUGUGAGAAGUAAGGGCUUAAUUCACUAGAAUUCACAUCUAUUUGGAUUGGGAUUAAUUCCCUACACUUGUACACUAAUUAGUAUGUCCAAAUUUUAUUGAAAUUUAGACAGCUUUAAUAAGGGAAGUUGUAACCCUUAUUGGAAUAA